AUGUUGUCGCCCCGGAUGGACACUCCCGCCCGUCGUUUCUUCUCGGACUCCUCUUCUGGUUAUGGCAGACGCCCCGUCCCCAGUUCUUGGCCAGGGAGCGCCCGGGUAGCAUGCACCCACUCUGUCCCCCGUGCUGCUCGGUAUGUUCUUCUGGCCGGUAAAGAGUUCAAAGCUCCUGCACUGGAGUGCACUGCUUUCUUUUCCAGCUCAGAAGAUAAAGUAACUGUGCACUUUAUAAACCGCGACGGUGAGACAUUAACAGCCCAAGGAAAAGUUGGUGACUCUCUGCUAGAUGUUGUGGUUGAAAAUCAUCUAGAUAUUGAUGGUUUUGGUGCGUGUGAGGGAACCUUGGCUUGCUCUACCUGCCAUCUCAUCUUUGAGGAGCAUGUAUUUGAGAAGUUAGACCCCAUCACUGAUGAGGAGAAUGAUAUGCUUGAUCUGGCCUAUGGACUCACAGACCGAUCACGGUUGGGCUGCCAAAUCUGUUUGACAAAAUCUAUGGACAAUAUGACUGUUCGAGUACCUGAAACAGUGGCAGAUGCCAGGCAAUCCCUUGAUAUAGGCAAGACCUCCUAAGCUACAACAAAUAGGAAUAUUUUCAUGAAAUUCUACCUAUUUUUAUAAUUAUUAUUUCUUGAUAUAAUUAAAUGAGAACAUGGAUGAAUGGACUUAUUAUUAUGACUAGCUUUACUAUUUUAAUUCACCUUGUAUAACCACUGAAUUUUGUAGUUCUGAAAGUAUGCCAUUUUAAUUUUGGUUAAAUUAUAAAAAAUGCCAAUCAAAUAUUAAAAAAUAGUUAAUAUGAGAAAACCUUA